GUCGUCCAGCGUCAACGGAGCUCUCCCAUCAUUCUCCCUCUCUUUAGAGUUGGCCGACGUAUAGUGUUCUCAGACCGAGCAGUGAUGGUGCAGUACCCGAUCUGGCAAGAUUCUCCCUGUAACGACGACAUCCACCCCCCAACAUCUUUUCCAAACUGGCUCAAUCUCGUGUAUUGAUCCGUUUUCUUUUGCAGUCGACAAGAAGAACGAUGUCUACCAACGCCGCUUCAGAAGCAACCAAGAAGUGGGAAGCUGCCCUCGGUCGUAACCCCCACAAAGACUUCAAAUCCGUCGAAGCCUCUCGUCCAGACUAUGACACUACCCGGCCGGGCUUCACCUACACCAAAUCUCCCAACCCAGCCUGGACCCCCGGUUCUGGCUCUUCCGACCCCUCUGUCCUCACCAAGCAGAAAAUCAGUAUUGAUCCGUAUGAGGAGGGAAGAGUCCCCGGUGAUAACUACAAGCUGUUGAUUUCGGGCGUGGUGCCGAGGCCGAUUGGGUUUGUUAGUACCGUUUCGAAGGAUGGGAAAGGAGAGAAUCUGGCGCCGUUUUCGUAUACGCAGAUCGUCAAUCACGACCCACCGAUUUUGGUUGUCGGCUUCUCGUCCGGCCAAGGCGCAUUCAAGGAUACCCUCCAAAACGCCCUCGACACAAAAGAGUUAACGGUGAAUAUUAUCUCAGAGUGGAUGGUCGAAGCGGCAAACUACUGCGCCAUCAACGCUCCCUCCGACGUCUCCGAAUGGGCUCUCACUGGGUUGACACAAACUCCGUCUAAGGUCGUAAAAGCCCCAAUCGUCGCCGAAUCCGCCUUCAGCAUCGAAUGCCGCCUCCUCUCCUCAACACCCUUCCACUCCAAACUCCCUCCGCACGCACAAACCGGAACCCUCCUCGUCCUCGAGGGUGUCUACUUUCACGUCCGCGAAGAUGCGCUUAACUCGUCGAAGAAUAUCGUUGAUGUAAAUGUGUUGAAGCCUGUGUCUAGGUUGGGGGGGAUUACGUAUGGGAGGGUUGGGGAGGGGUUUGAAAUGCCGAGGCCGGAUUGGGGGAAGGAAGUUGAGGGAGGGGGGUUGGAGGGGUUGGUUAGGGAGAGGGUUAGGGCGCAGGCGGAGGGGUUGAAGAAUUAGAUUUGUGUUAAGAGUUGUUCGGAUUUUGAAUGUAUGUUUUCUCGAG